CGUCGUGUCGCUGUGUUCUCCCCUCUCCUCCGCAAGAAUCCUAAUUGGGGAAUGUUAAAGGUUAAAGGAAGUCUCCUCACCGCUUGAAAAAGUCGCGUGUAUCACAUAUUCACCUAACGAAAUUCUGUUGAUCUUUACUUUGCGACGGCCUACACAGUCAGCAAGUUUGCAGUUUUGGGAUGUGUGCGGUCUUUAUUAAUAAGUCUUACUUCUCAGUGUGUUACCAUGUUACCAUGCAGCUCUACUAAUCAAGUUUCGAUCGUCGUAUAUUAAUUGCAUGGCUAUACUGAUUGAUUCGGUUCUGGAGCAAUUUGCUACACAUAGUGCAGUCUACGAGGAAAUCGCAGUCGUGGCGGAUGCAUACGCACUUAUUGCUGGAUAGUGUAUCAAGGAGUAGUGUAUCAAGAAACGCGAGCAAAUUUUUUGCCAAAAAUUGUACUAAUUUUGUCGCGUAUAAUUACUGCUGCAGCGCAUCGGAAGUUGCGCGCGGCCGGUAUUUUUUGUCAAUAAUUAGAAAAAAAAAUCGUUUCUUUUAUCUUGUGUUUACGUUAGCAUCAUCAAAUGUUCGCGUAUGUACACUUCGAGUCCGAAUGCGAAAGGCAUUCAGACAAGGAUAUUGUGGAAGUAUCCACAAUCCAACAUUUCGAUCCAAAUAACUGGAAAAAGAACAAAUAUUAUAAAAUAAAAUGCGGUCCAAGCAAAUGCAAGGGGAUAGUAAUCUUUGUACAAGAUACUAUUGAAGAUCUUCGAAAGAUGAUGAUUAUAAAGAGGGCCAUAGUGCCACCCAAAAAUAAAAUGUCUGCAGCUGAGGAAAGCACAGAUAUGGAUGAGAGUAACAUUACAGCAAAAAGGAAAGAUAAAUCAGAAGAUAUUAACAAGGUACUACAAGAAAAAAUUUGCCGAAUACAGCUGUAUAAGGCAGACGAAAGGAACGUGCAAAAGAAAGAAAACUUGCAACCGAUUUCAAAAAAUGGAACCUGUUAUAAACGAAGCAAUAACAAGAUUGAAGUAAGCCGUGACAUAAAAAAGCCUCACCUCUCUUCUAACGAAAUAUUUGAAGGAUCAGUGCUAAUAGAACGAAAUAAGAAAUGCCAAGAAGAAUGUAAUAAUUCUUCACAUUCGAAUAUUGAAAACGAAAUAAAGAUACUAAAAGCACGCAUUGUGGAAAGAGAUAGAAAAAUUGAAGAUCAAUCACGCAUGAUCCAAGAAAUGACAAAUUUAAACAUGCAAUUGCAGAAAUCGAUUAUCUCAUAUUUUGAAGAAUUUAGAGCAAACGCCAAACAGUUGGAUGAAUUUAGAAGCCGCGAAGGAUUAGACGCACCAGUAGUAGGAUUCAAACGAAAGGAGGACAAGACUAUACAUUUGGGAAGAAACGUAUGGAUUUCAAAAGCUGCAUUUGAUGGUGCUUUUGGCAACGCUCGAUGGACUAACGCAAUGAGAGUGAAAAAUUUGGCAGUUGCCGUUUUCGGAUUGAAAACGUUGCAGUCAUCAAGUAUAACAGGAAAUACAAGUAACAGAUUUAAAGAUAAAAAACCCAAGCCACCAUUGGACAAAAUUAAGCUUCUUGCAAUUCAAGAUAUAUAUCUACACUGGUUAAAGACUGUUUAGAAAGUACCUAAAGAUGAAGCAGAAAUAGAGACCAAUAAAGUAAUUAGUUACAUUAGAGGAAAAAUAAGCGAUUUGGGUAGAACAGCGAGCGAUAAGAAGAUUACGAAAGAUGGUAGCAAUUUUGAUGAGGCAGUCAAGGACACCGAAAAUACUAUCGCCAAAGAUACCGAAAAGAUUGAGAACAAAGACGACGAAAAUACUAAUGUAAAAGAAAUAUUGGAAACUAACAUUGGUAAAGAUGCGGAGAUGGAGAAGAUUGAAGGCACCGAAAAUGCUGAUGGCAAUAAAAAGUUUGAAAAUUCCAAUAUAUAAGAUGACAAUUUCGAUUGAAAGUGAAUUAACAGCAUUAUUACUCUUUAUAUUUAUGUAAUUAUAUCAUAU